AUGCCAGAUGCCAUCGGAAAUCCCACUUUCGGUGAUCACUCGGAAGCCCAAAGCAUUGGACCCGAAGCCGAACAAACAACGCACACCACACGGCUUGGAGGUGCCAAUAUUGCGUCCUACAUUGCCGGCGCGCCUUCGGCAGAAUUCGAGCGCCCGCUACUAGAUUUUGCCUGUGGAGCGGCAACAAAGCCAUCAUCAACGUCCGGAACAGAGUCUACGGGCAGCGUAGCCGUACAGGUCGGUGAUUUCGAAAUCACGCCAGAAGGCGAGACGGAGGAAGAACGGGUUUGGAGACAGUGGCUGGGGUAA